UAUAAGUUAGUGAUGUCGUGGCUGUGUUUGUGUGCGCUGGUCUUCGCGGUAUCGCCCGCGGCAGCGGUUAUGGGCGGAGCGCCCGCUGCUGCGCCAGAGCCCGAUGCUGCAGUAGUCUUCACGCAAAGACAUGGAUACAGCGGCCGCUUAGAAGGCAUAAAGGACGAUACAAGAGGAUAUUAUAUUUUUGCUGGAAUAAGAUAUGCAGAACCACCGUUGGGUCCUAGAAGGUUUCAGCGACCAGUUCGCCGAUACCUCGCGGGUGAGGUGUCGGCCAAAACGAAUUGCCGGCCUUGUCCACAACUUGACCCUCAAGGUUCGGGACGUGUCGUAGGCCACGAGGACUGCUUAUGUCUUAAUAUUUUCUCCCCUAAAAUGCCAGGAGACGAACAAGGUAGUCCUGUUGUCUUAUUUAUUCAUGGCGGUAACUAUCGAACAGGCUCUAUUGCACCCUAUGGAGGUCAACAUUUUGCUCAAAAGGAUACAAUAGUAGUUACUGCUCAAUAUCGUUUAGGAUCUCUUGGUUUCUUGAGUACAGGGCAAAGGGAUGCAUCAGGAAACACAGGUCUGUUUGAUCUGCGAGCUGCUAUGACAUGGAUCAACGAUUAUAUUGAAUUUUUUGGCGGAGAUAAAUCCCGAGUGGUCGUAAUGGGUCAAGGUUCAGGAGGAAGCGCUGCUUCACUUCUUGCCUUGUCCCCUGAAGGUCGAUCUGCCACUGGAGUAGCUGCUUUGUCUGGAGCACCUCUGUCUCCAGGAGCGAUUAGAGAUGAUCCCAACAAACACGCGGAAACUUUGGCCGAAAAAACGGGAUGUCCAAAAGCUCCUGCCGAGCAACUGCUCAUUUGUUUGAGAAAAAUACCAGCGGAAAAGAUCGUGCUGGUGGAUAAGGAAAUCAGUACGGAUAUGAUAGACACAAAAGCGUUUUUAGAUGAUAUCUCUGGCCGUUCGGGUUCAGGAGCUCGCGUGGAAGGUGAGGAUGAUAGACGUGCAUUACCGCCUCUGGUCUACGAAGCGCCGGCUAAAUCGUUAAAGAUGAAACAGCAGUGUGUCCCCAUGCUCACGGGCGUCGUGUCCGCCGAAACCUCGAGGGCUGUGUUCGGUAAAUACAAUAAAUUCCUGACCGAAAAAUUAACGGCAGUGAAAGACUUUAUCAAGAAAGAUCUCAUCGGGGGUCUCCGAGACGCGGUGACCGAUAUUCAAAAACUACUUCCUGGCGUGCAAAGUGUUUUGCCUCUGCCCGAUUACUACCAGGCAAUAUUCGACAGCUCUUUGAAAGCUGUAGAUGGACUCAGCGAAAUUGUUGAAGCUACAGGAGACGCCUUAUUCAACUUUCCCGCUUACCAAAGCGUUAAAGAGUGGAGUACGGGAGCGCCGGCUUUCCUGUACAGUUUUGAGCACGUCGGGAACCUCAGCAAGGGCAAUCACUUCCUUCCUGGUCUCGCUAUUACCCAGGGAGCAGACAAUCCUACAGAGGGCAUGGACAAAAAGGUGAAGGGUCCGGCUCAUGGCGAUGAAUUGGCUUACCUCUUCGAACCGCUGGAUGAGGAAGGGAAACCUGUUGGCGGGCAAAUCUCGUCAAUGGACGCCAAAGUCCGAGAAUCAUUUGUGGACCUGAUCGUGAAAUUUGCUCAUAAAAUGCCGGCAGAGAACAAAAAUAUGACCAAAAUAUCAAAUAUUUUUGGAUUCUUGCCCUUUUCUGCAGAAAAUGAACAAUAUCUUAAGAUUACUGACAAAAUAACUUUAGACAAAAAUUUCAGAUUCUGUCAAAUGGGUCUUUGGGGUAACAUGGCUGACAGAGUUACUGGUGCGGUUUGUAAAAAUGUAUUAGGUCAGAUUCUUAAUCUUCCAAAGCUCUUGAAUAAUCCAUUGGAUAAAGUAGCUGGGAUUGAUAAACUCGCUGAUCAAACACUUAACCAAGGAUUGUCGUUUUUAACACAAUCAAAGAAUAAAAACCAAAAGAAUCCAUCGGUAAAACCCAUGUGGAGCGAACCUUUCAGCAACCCUUUCGGGUUUUUGUGAUUAUAUUUGUUAAUUUAAAUAAAUAAAUCCAUAUACUUUA